AUGCCGUCCACGCCGCAGAGCAACAACGAGAAGAUCCUCGACGACACAAAGCUCGAGGGAGGCGUUCCCCUCGAGAAUGCCCUCACCUACGGACACGACCGUGAGCAUGAGCUUGAUGGUCCCACCACAGUCGCCGAUGAGCGUCGCACCAAGGCCAUUUUGAGGAAGGUCGAUCUUCGCCUCCUCCCCAUCUGCUCGCUGCUCUACCUCUUCUCUUUCCUGGACCGUACGGCCAUCGGCAACGCCAAAGUUGCAGGAAUGAACAAGGCGCUCGGUCUUACGGACACAGAAUACGCCCUCGCCCUCAGUUUGUUCUUUUUGACGUACGCUGCCCUCGAAGUUCCCUCCAACCUCAUGCUUAAGAGGUUUGGGGCAAAGCGAUGGCUUCCAAUCAUCGUGCUGUUCUGGGGCAUCACCAUGAUGGUGACGGGUUUCGUCAAGAACGCGGCAGGAUUGAUUGGACUUCGCCUCGUACUGGGCGCCUUCGAGGCAGGCCUAUUUCCUGGUGUCACUGCUCUUCUGUCCUUCGUCAUCCCUCGCCAGUUCCUUCAAGUACGCAUCGCUACCUUCUUCUCUGCUGCCACCAUCGCCGGCGCCUUCGGAGGUCUGCUGGCUUAUGGCCUUUCUCACGUCAGAACCGGGGGCUACGAAGGGUGGUCCUGGAUCUUCAUUGUCGAAGGAAUUCUCACCAUCGCCGUUGCUGCUCUCGGUUACUUCAUGCUCUUCUCCAACCUGGACGAGGCCAAGUUCCUUACCACGGAGGAGAAGGAGUACAUGAGCGACCGCCUCCGCUUCGACGGCCAGGACAUCCCCAUGAACGACAAUUACAAGACCAGCUUUGUUCUCGCAGGCUUUGCUGACUGGAAGACCUGGCUCUCCCUGAUCGCCUACGUCGGCUCCCUCGCCCCCCUGUACUGCAUCGCCCUCACCCUACCGACUAUCCUCAAGACCUCUCUCGGAUACGACCCGGUCCGCGCCCAGAUCAUGACCGUCCCCGUCUAUGUGGUCGCCGCAAUUCUGGUCCUCAUCUUUGCCUACUUCUCCGACAAGCUCCAGAACCGCACCCUCUUCCUCUGCCUCGGCUGCGGAAUGUCCGCCAUCGGCUGGGGAAUCGGUUUGGCCUCUCACGACCCGCACGUCCGCUACGCCGCCUGCUUCAUCUCUGCUGCUGGCAGCUAUGCCGGUUUCCCUUCAGUCGUCGCUCUCCUCUCCCAGAACGUCGGCGGCAAGACGAAGCGUGCUACCUGCAUUGCUCUUCAGGUGGGCAUUGGCGGUCUUGCUGGCAUCAUCUCGAGCAACAUCUUCCCUACCAAGGAGGCACCUCGCUUCUUCAACGCGUACAAGGCCUGCAUCAUCAUGAACUGCGUUGCCAUCGGCGGCGCGCUCUUCAACGCCGCUAUGCUGUGGAGGGCCAACAAGGCCAAGCAGGCCAAGAUCGACUCGGGUGAGGCGGCAGCGCUCUCGAGGGCUCAGAUCGCCGAUAUGGGUGACAAGUCGCCCUUCUUCAAGUACCGCUUCUAA